AUGCUACCACCACCACCAAUCGCCACUACCACCAACUACUUCUCGCCUCUGCUACCAAUGUAUCGCUACCACCAAUCACCAUCACUGACCUCGACCACCCAUCACCGCCACCACCACCACUUACUCACCACCACCCCCCAUUACCACCAUCACCACUAUCCACCACCACCACCACCAACCACCACCCACCACUACCCAUCACUACCAUCCAUCAUCGCCUGCCUUCACCACCCGCCACCACCCACCACGACCCACCAUCACCACUCACUACCAUAA